GCCAGAGGGAGGGGGGGGCUCCCCAGGUGUGCGUGUUCCUGCUCACCGUCUACCGGAUGCCGUUUAUUCUGUGUGAAUAGGUGGAAAAUGAGCAUCACAGACGUCCUUUGUGCUGACGACAUUGCAGCAGCCCUGCAGGAGUGCCAAGACCCAGAUACUUUUGAACCCCAAAAAUUCUUCCAGACAUCAGGCCUCUCCAAGAUGUCGGCCAGUCAGGUGAAGGAUGUUUUUCGGUUCAUAGACAACGACCAGAGUGGAUACCUGGAUGAAGAAGAGCUUAAGUUUUUCCUCCAGAAGUUUGAGAGUGGUGCUAGAGAACUGACAGAGUCAGAAACCAAGUCCCUGAUGGCGGCCGCAGAUAAUGAUGGAGACGGAAAAAUUGGGGCUGAUGAAUUCCAGGAAAUGGUACAUUCUUAAAGACCCCAGACUAUGGAGAUAGACACAAUCAGCUGGAAGCCCUCAAAGCCCCAGGAAUGGGAAACCCCACAUCCUCCCCCUAAUUUAUUUAUUAAUGUCCCCUGAAAUGCUUCUGCGACUUGCUCGUUGUUCUAGUGAGGUAAUAAGCCAGUCGUUUAUAACUCUUUGGUGGUGGGUAUGCCCCGAUGACUCCCGUAAGGCCCUCAGCAGACAAUGCCUUUAAAAAUGAUCCAAUAAAGACACAUUUCUCAUCAUCUGCUGAUGUGUGGGUGUGGUUUUUUUCUCAGCAAGGGAGAGGGAUGAAAGCAAGUUGGGGACUUUUAGAAAGAUGUCUGGUCCUAUCCAGCACAGAGAAAGCAACUCUCUUGUGCAUGAGCAAACAAGGAAAACAGGUUGAAAAAAAAGUCACAGAUAAAUGGCAUGGUCAGGCUAGGAUUCUCUCAGCGACUAAUCCAAGUCUAAAAUUAAUAGGAAGAGAUUUUAGGCAGCAUAAAAUCACUCUUGCUUAUGUGUUUCCUGCUUACUGGGCAUUAGAUUUCCAUGAGAGAUUUAAAUAAAAGCAAAUGAUACAAGACAGAAAGAAAUGUGAGGCUGCAGUGGGCUGUAGAGCUAAGGAGACUUGCUAUGCUAGUUGAGCACAGACUGCUUCUUAGAGGAACAAGCUAUCAAAGACGAGCCUGCUCUGACCCAACCUCCUGCGGCCUCUCCCUCCCCUUCUUCAGCCACUAUUUUCCUGGCUCUUAUUUGAUACCACUUGAACCAAUUACACCGAGAAGCAUCUUAACAUUUGAGGCGAGCCUCGAGCCUCGGGGGUCCUGUUACAGGGUUUUCAUUAGUGUGGGGCGAUCUCAAGCCAGGAAAUUCUCAUUAGGCUGGUUUCCAGGUGGCAGGUUAAAGCCCUUGGCUGACCCCCGGGGGGGUUGAGGACUCCUGGGAGGACCUGAGGUAUUUUCCUGAGAACUAGAUAAAAAACUCACACUUUUCACCACAACACCCAAGCUCACGGCCCUGCGCUCUCCUGGAUUGCCUCCAUCAUACUAAGUCACCUAGUGACUUUGAACCCCUGUGUUUUGGAGGGUCCUGUUACAGCAGCUUUUCAAAGUGGGAGGCAUGGACUACAAGAAGGCCUCAAGGUGACUUUAAUGGGACAGGGAUCGACAUUUUUUAUUUUAAUAACCGUGUGUUUAUUUUAAUAUUUUAGUUUGUGAAUCCCUCGGAAUAUAGGCAGCGAGAGGGACUUCCUGGCCACUACUGAUGACCUAAGAGCCUUAAUUCUUAAAACAAUCCACAAAUUGCCUUCACAUCCACACCACACAUGGAUACACUGAUCCUCCUGUUAUUUUCAGUUCAUUCUAUUCCAAGCAAGGGGAGCCCUCUCAAUAACUCAAAGUGAUCCUGUAUCCCCCUUCCCACGGGGUUCUGGCCACCAUACGCCUUGGAGUAACAAUGUGAAUGAUGAUACUUUAAAAAUAAUGGUUGUGAGCUUUUAAUUGACGAAGCCAUCCAACACCCAUUGGAGCAGCAAAGGCAACCUCGCCCCAGUCGAGGUAAAGAUGGUGAGUUCCUCUUUCUUUUCUGUCACCAGGAGGG